CCUCAGUCGACGGAUAGUAGAAGAGAAAAAGACGACUGAAACGAAGCCUUGAAUCCAAGCCCUCCCUCCUCUGUCUCCGUCCCUAUGGAGGACGCUCGGAGCCGAAGCGGCGGCAGCUCCGAGCAGUCCGCCGACGCCGACGUCCUCGGCGAUCGGUCCAGGCGUGGUGCCCCAUUCGCUGAUCGCCUGGGCGACUACGCCGAGAUCUUUGCCGACCACGCUGGUUCGAUCUCCAUUCCGUUUCUCGAUCUACCGCCGGCUCUGGACGGCUUCGAUGCUGCUGCCCCUGUCCGGACCCGGGGCGCCGGCUUCGACUACUCCGAUGUGUUCGGGGGUGUAGACUCUGGAGAGUCCGCCGCUCUGCACGAUGAGCUCUUUGCGGCGCCUAAGCUGGAGGAGACUUGUUCUUCGAAAGGGAGGACUAGAGAGGAAGCAACAUGCAGCCAGCACAUGACGAGAGAACCGAAAGUCACCCCAGAACAGUCACAUGGGGGUCGUAUGACUUGUCAAGAAGGUGAUAGGUCCUCACCAAAUUCCACUCCUUCAGAUAUUUGUUCCACACAAUUCAAUGUGUCAUAUAACAAGAGUAGCCAAGGAAGUAAAGAGGGUGCAAUGAGUGGAAAAACACAUAUAACUCAACUUCAUGCCAUUCCUGCAUUUAGCUUUGUUGUUGACACAGACACCCCCUUCCAGACUAUUGGAGGUGACGGCCCUCGAAACAUGUUAAAUGAAGGAGUAGAUAACAGGAAAGACCAAAAUAAAGUUUUAAGUGCCUCUUCUGGCAAUAUUUCAAAGAGUUCAGAAAAUUACUUGAGAGCAGAUCAGAAGAAUACCAAUAGAUAUCCUGUUUCUGAUAAUGGGCAUGCAAAUGCAAGUCAUCAUUCACACUCUUUUAGUCAUUCCAUAUCAAAUGGGAAUGUACCACCCUCUGAUACUGUGUUUUUUACUGCAUCUGAAUUCAGUCUUCAGACACAACCAUUGAGAGUGCCACCACCAUCAAGGCCAUCUCCUAGGUUAUAUGAUAAGCAAGAACUCUCCAAACAAAGGUUGUCGUCAAGUUCAAAAUUUGGUCUGGAUGAAGUAAGCUUCCUAAAAUCAAUUCCUAAAGAAAAAGACUUCCAUGUGCGUCAAGAGGUUGUCAAGGACAACUCUCCUAGCUUCACUGAUGUGCAGGUCGAUAUUAGUUCAGCUGCUGCAGCUUCUGUUGCUGCUGUAAAAGAAGCAAUGGAACUUGCUCAAGCUAAACUAAAAAGGGCAAAACAGUUGAUGGAAAGAAAACAUGGUAUCCUUCGGAACAGCAGGAAGCUAGGUUACCUUGAAAGCAUGAAAUAUAAAGAACAAAAACUGUGUCAAGCGUCACCGAGGCGUGAAGAUUUUGAUGAAAUGCUAGUUGCUUCAGAGAGAAGACAGGAAGUUACAAGUACUGCCAAACUGACUCCAUGUGAUGAAAAGAAGGAAAAAGUUAAAUUUACCGAAGAGGAAGGAAAGGCAAGGCAAGUAAAUGACUUGAAAUCAUCUGAAUUGCUCAAUAGAUCAGCAGGCAAUUACAAUGAGCUGGUGAGCAGUGAGAAUCACAUACUGAUUGAAGAGGUAUCUGAGAGGAAAGAUUUUACGAGGAAAACAAAAAUAAUUACAAUGAUCGGUGAGAUCAAACAAAAUGAGAGCACAAAUGAUACACUGGCUUGUCAAACUGAAAGCAACAGGAACUUGCAGAAAGAUAAGGCAGCACCUGUGGUUUGUGUACAUGAAGACAAUUCUAACUUAGAAGCUCAUGUGUCUCAUACGGAGGAAGUUGAGAAGCCAGGAGAGGUUCACAAACUCCACAUACAAGAAGAGGUAACAAAAGCACCAUGUGCAGGUGAAGAGACUCUUUCAUCUGCAAGGAGUGAAAAGAAAAUGGAACCUUCAUAUUACUGUAAGCUUCACUAUACUCAUGUUGACAAAGAAGAAAACAGCAAACUGAAAUCUGCUUUAGGGAAGUCAGGAGCUGCUAAACCUCAAGAUCAAAACUAUUCAAAGGAAAUUGACAUCACUAACAUAGCUCCUGUACCUGGUAAGGGUGAAGAUAAGUUUAACAUGGCCAGUGUCACUGUUGUGCAAGAAGAAAUGGAUAUUGAAGUGCCUUAUGUAUCAUGUGUAUCAAAAGGGGAGGGAAGAGUAGCAGCUUCUAAGUGCACAGAUUCUGAAAAGACAAGGAGAGAAGGAAAGCAAUGUGAUGCCGAGAAUGUAAAUCGAUCUGAAGGAAUGAUGGUAGUGCAUGAGCAGGAAAGACGAGAGGAACUAAAUAUGAAACAGCAGACAUGCUUAUCUGCAGAAAAUGAAAUAAGAUUUAAAGAAGAUAAAGAAGCUGAUGAACUUGAAGAGGUUCUGAAGAAAUGGAAAACAUCAGGAAGAACAACAACACUUGAAGACCAAGAGAAGCUGAUCAAAGCAACAAAAGCUGCCUUCUGGCUAAAUUAUGAUGGAAAUAAUCCAAAAGAAACUCAGCUUGAACUGCAGCAAAGGGACAAGAAAAAAGAUGCAACCCCAGAGCCAUACAACCUGGAAAACUUUGAGGGACAGAAUAAAUAUGAAAGAGGUUUUCAAGUUUGUGGAAAUGAAGGUAUUAUAGAAAUUCAAGUUGAGCCUCAUUUUAUGGAUAAAAUAUUCUCCAUAAAUACAAUUCCAAUUAUCUGCAACAGGCCUCUUCACAUGGCUUUGAAUGCCCAGCCAUCUAAUUUAUCGGAAAAUGAAGGUAACUUAUCAUAUUCAUCUCUAAUUGCAACUGAUAGACUUCCUGUGGCUUCUCAAAAGAUUAUUUUGGAUACUAAGAAAACCGAACAAAAAGAAAAAGAAUUAAUGGAGAAAAAAGGAGUACAGAUAAAGAAACCAUCAAGAAAUUUAAAAGAAAAAGAGAAGGAAAGAAUUCAAGAACAAGAGGAAGAGAAAACAAGGUUAUUGCGAGAAGCAAUUGAGAGAGAAGAAAAAUUAGUAGAGGAAGAGAGAACAAGAUUAUGGGAAGAAACAAAAGACAGGGUAACAAAAUUGGAAGAAGAGAAAAAGCAAGGAAGGUUACUAGAAGAAGCCAAUGAGAGGGAAAGAAAAUUGAAAGAAGAAAAAGAACGAGCAAGGUUAUCAGAAGAAGCAAAAGAGAUUGAAUGGCAAAUGGAAGAAGAGGAGCUAGCAAAGUUGUUAGAAAAAGGAAAAGAUAGUAUAAUGAAAGAAGAAGAGGAGCAAGCAAAGUUGUUCAAAGAAGCAAUAAUGAGGGAAAUGAAAGUAGAAAUGGCACGAGUAAGGUCAUUAGAGGAAGCAAAGGAGAGAGAUAGGAAAGAAGAAGAGGAACGAGCACGGUUAUUAGAAGAAGCAAAAAAGAGGGAAAGGAAAUUAGAAGAAGAGGAGAGGGCAAGGUUAUUAGAAGAAGCAAACGAGUGGGAGAGAGGAAGAGAAAAGGACCGACUUGCCGAGGAAAGAGCAAUCCAUGAAGCACAUGAAAGGGCAUUUACUGAAGCCAGAGAAAGGGCAGAAAGGAUGGCUGUAGAGAGGAUUACUUCUGAGGCUCGGCAAAGAGCACUAAAGGAAGCCCAAGAAAAGGCAAAGAAGACCUCUUGUGAUGCUCUGGACAAAUCAUUAACUGAGAAGGCUUCUAGAGAUGCUAGGUUAAGGGCUGAGCGUGCUGCAGUUGAACGGGCCACUGCAGAAGCUCGUGAGCGUGCUAUAGAAAGAGCACUUGCUGUAAAAGUUGCUGCAGAUGCCAGAGAGCAUGCUGAGAGAUACAAUGCUACUUCUAGAGACACAACAAGGAAAGAAAAUGUGACGGAAGAGUGUUCAAAUACCAGAGAUAAGGAUGGCCCACUUGAUGCACAAUUUCAAAGUACUAGUUCUUUGAACAGUUACCAAGCAAAUUCAGAUUCUAAUUAUCAACAGAGUAGUAAUUUUGGUGAAUCAGCUUUAAGGUGUAAAGCUAGACUAGAGAGGCAUCAGAGAAUAGCUGAACGUGCUGCCAAAGCUCUUGCAGAAAAAAACAUGCGGGAUGUUCUUGCACAAAGAGAGCAAGCUGAGAAAAAUAGGUUGGCAGAGUACCUGGAUGGUGACAUUAAGAGAUGGUCGAAUGGAAAAGAAGGAAAUUUGCGUGCACUGCUAUCAACACUGCAAUAUAUCCUUGGCCCUGAGAGUGGUUGGCAGCCUAUACAACUGACAGAUGUUAUCACAUCUUCUGCAGUAAAGAAAGCUUACAGGAGGGCUACUCUCUGUGUUCAUCCAGAUAAGUUACAGCAAAGGGGGGCCAGCAUUCAACAGAAGUACAUUUGUGAGAAAGUUUUCGAUCUCCUUAAGGAAGCUUGGAACAGAUUCAACUCAGAAGAAAGAUAGCAGUUGUAAUGUACACUAUAGCAUUUGCCUCUCAAUCUUUCAAUUAUUGUCUAGAAAUAAUGCAUUGAAGUUUUGGAAAGAAAACAUCAGUUUUGUAAUGAUUAUAGCGACUGAGCAUUCUUGGCAUUUGAGGAUGUGAAAUUUGUGCAAGUGCACUCUCUAAAAUACUAGACUUGUUCUGAUCUUAGGAUAAACACCAAGCAGGGGUGCUUCACGUCACAAAGUGAUUUGUGACAGUAAGAUUAGCUAGGCAUUCCUCCACGGGCUAAAUCAUUUGAGAAUUGAGAUCAUCUUUUCAUCUUGACAACGUCAAAGUAUGAUGGCAACAUGGCAUGGUGACAAACAUAGUGGCAAUGAUCUUUGUUGUGUUGCAAGCUUUCUACCAGUUAUGAUCAUAUCUCCCUCAUCUGCAUGGCAUGCAACCUGAUCGAGCAGCCACCUGAGGAGAUUCUUGAAUCCAUUGAUAGAGGAGAAAAUGGCAGGAUGCUGUGUCUGAGAGUCGUCAAUCCCUCAUGUUGAUGUUGCUUGGCGUCGCCAAUAAGAAGUUGCUCUCACCACUGAGACAACAGUCUAUUCGAUUUUUCCUUUUUUCAGGCUAUUAGACUUCCACACACUUCUUUGUUCAUCUGAAGGUUUCAGCCUGAGGAGGCCAGCAGAUGGAAGCUUCCAUUUUCUGUAGAGUGAAUGCUGCUCUGAUCACUCUUAACAUCUCCAAUUUCGGAACUACUACUGCUUCUCAGAUGAUACUACCAGAAGGAAAAGAGAAUUGCCCAUGAAGAUAGAAAAUUGCAAUAUGCUUACUGAAACUGGAACAUGGGAAGCAUCUUUCAAAGGGAGACAAAUGUUAUCGGCACUCCAGACCUUCGAUCUACUACUGGCAUCUACUAAACUUUUAUCUGAGAAGACCAAAACAACUCCGGUAGCAUUUAUCAACCUUAGCAAACAUUACCGAUCUCCCAAAAGUUGUACCUGGACAUGGCCGCCCUGCAGUGGCGUUUGGCUUUCCAUGUGUGCUGCUGUCUCCAUUAGAAUCGUAGUGCUUGAAUUGGCAGCCGCGAGUUCCCAACCCUUCCGCUUUGAGGAAGAACAUGCCUUGUCGAUUCUGUUUUGAUAGUGACUGUACUGUCUUCAGUGUUUGAUCCGGUGGUGACUCAUUGAGUUUAAAUUCUUUGUCUA